CUUACAUCCGUUCAGGGUGUACUGGGGCGACAGGCAAUGCUACCGUGUGAUAUAACGCCAAUGGAACGUGACGAUGCUGUUUAUAUGGUACUGUGGUUUCGUGAGGGUGAUGGUGAACCUAUUUACAAUUUCGAUGUCCGAGGGAGACAAUUUGGCCAAGCCCGUUUAUGGUCAUCACCAUCGGCGUUUGGUACACGUGCCUAUUUCAGCAGUACCUCACACCCGGCCCAAUUGAAAAUUGACAGCGUUCGUCUGGAGGAUGAAGGUGUAUAUCGGUGUCGUGUUGAUUUUCGUAAUUCACCAACACGUAACCUGAAAAUUAAUCUCACUGUAAUUGUUCCACCGGAGAAACCAGCCAUUUACAAACCCAUACGCCAUGAAAAGGUCAGCAAUGUGGAAUCGUUUAAUGAAGGCAAUGAUAUUGUGCUGAUAUGUGAAGUGUCUGGUGGACGUCCAUUGCCGAAUGUUACAUGGUAUUUGGAUAAUACGGUGAUUGAUGAAUCGUUUGAACAUCGUCCGGACGGUAAGACUGUUAACCACUUGUCAUAUCCAAAUGUUGGACGACAACAUUUGAAUGCCAGAUUAGUUUGUGUGGCCAGCAAUACGAAUUUAACUCCACCGAACAACAAAGUGGUCAUACUGGAUGUCAACUUAAAACCGAUUGCUGUACAUAUAAUGACAAAAGACCGAUUUGUUUCGGCCGAUCGCACAUAUGACAUCGAAUGCAAGUCAUCCGGUUCAAAACCACAAGCCGUCAUUACAUGGUGGAAGGGCAAUAAACAAUUAAAAAAGCUAACAAAAAAUUUUAAUGAACCCGACAAUCAAUCCUUAAGUAUAUUAACAUUCACGCCUACCCGAGAAGAUGAUGGCAAAUAUUUAACAUGUAGAGCGGAAAAUCAAUUUAUUGAGAACAGUGCCAUUGAGGAUAAAUGGCGUCUGGUUGUACACUAUCAACCCACCGCACAUUUGAAAAUGGGAUCAUCACUUAAUCCUGAUGACAUUAAAGAGGGAGACGAUGUCUAUUUUGAGUGUGUCAUUCAGUCGAAUCCAAAACCGUAUAAAAUGUCAUGGUUUCAUAAUGGCAAAGAAUUACAUCACAAUGUAUCAGCUGGCGUUAUCCUAUCAGAUCAAUCACUUGUCCUGCAAAGCGUUUCGCGUGCAUCUGCCGGUGAUUACACUUGUCUGGCUGUGAAUUCUGAAGGCAAAGGCACCAGUAAUCCGGUGACAUUACGUAUACGCUAUGCACCCAUUUGUGCCACAGAUCACGAUGAACUGUUGGGUGCCCUGAAGCAUGAAACGUUGGCGUUAAAAUGUGAAGUGGAUGCAUCACCGCCUGCGGAUUCAUUUCAUUGGACAUUUAACUCAUCCGGCGAACAAACUGAAUUACCAGCACGAUUGCAUUCAAGCGAAACUGGCAUGUCACGUUUGAACUAUACACCCACAACGGAUUUGGAUUAUGGUACAAUAUCGUGUUGGGCCCGAAAUUCCAUUGGUGUGCAAAAAUCUCCCUGUGUUUUUCAAGUGGUAGCAGCGGGUCGUCCAUUUCCAUUACAAAACUGUUCCAUAACCAACCAAUCAGCAGAUUCUAUACAAGUGGAUUGCAUUGAGGGUUUUGAUGGUGGUCUACCACAAAGUUUCAUGUUGGAGUUGGUGGAAUUAAACAAUUUGCGUUUGGCACGAAACAUAACAUUGCAGCACACAACAAGUCCGGUUACAUUUUUUAUUGACAACUUGGAUCCCUUGGCCACAUAUCGUAUGAUCAUUUUUGCCGUUAACGCCAAAGGACGUUCAGAGCCAAUUAUAAUUGAUGAUAUUAAUUUUAAAGGUGUUGCUAAAUAUACAGGUGCUUCCAAUGGCUUGACCGUACCUUUGUCGCCUUUCCUAGCUGGUCUUACGUUAUUCUGUGCUCUACUUUUUGCCAUUUCAUGCAUUAUAUUGGCAGCAAUUUAUCGACGAUUUUCCAAUCGCCAAAACGACAACAAUUUAAAACCAACCAAACACACACAACUCUCAAUACCCGCCGAUUGUCAACUGGACCCCUUGCAACCGAAUCAUCAUCAUAAUCAUUACGAACAGAACAAUCAUCAGGCCCAUCACAGUCUAUUGCAAUCGAAUGGUGAUGGCAAACUACAAGCUGUUGUGGGUAGUGGUGGUGGUGGCAGUAGUAUAGGAGGUGGUAUCGGUGGUGGCGGUGCUUCAUCGCCAUCAGCCUUAAGUAUGGGUGGCAGUGGAGGUGGUGGUGGUAUUAUUGGUGGCAUUAUGGAUUCAUCGACAUUAAGGUCAACUACCCAUCAUCAUUAUCAACAACGACAGUCGCCACAAAUGAUGGGCGAUCCGCCUGAAGGCGAUGACACAGAUCCAGAUGUUAUACCAAAUCAAUAUGAAAAACGUCCACUGAAGUCUAUGAUGGCUUCACCUAUAUUCCGUAGCCCAUCGGCGCGUUUACUGCAACGUGAUUAUUGCACACCAGAUGCUACAGAUGGCGGCGGCGGCGGCCCGGACACACUGGGUGGCAGUGGGAGUGUUAUUGGCAUUACAAAUGGUUCGGCAUUAAGCAGUGCCGAUGGUGUAUCCAGUUUAGGUUCAUUAAAAAGUAAUAAUGGCAGCCUUGGCAUUGGCAAUGAGGUGCUGCAUUACACAUUUAGGCCGAGCAAACAAAUUAGUUAUGCCACAUUGAACAAAAAAGGUAUUACCACAUGUAGUCCACCGUUGGGUGUGGGUUUACCCUUUAGUAGUACAACAACAACAUCAUCAUCACUCUCAUCCUAUCAUCCCACCACUCAGCCAAUGGAAGUAAGUCUGCUAAGUCCCAAUAAUCCAUCGGUAACAUCAUCGAUCAGUGAAUACCGGUUUCGACCGGAAGUCGUUACCACCUCGAAUCGCAUCCAGGAAAGUUGUAUAUAAAUUUA